AUGGACCGAAGACGGGGCCUAGAAAUCAUUCACCUCCAGAAAAAGAAGGGGGCAAGGACGGGCUUCACCCAGGGCCUGGUCCACCUUUUCUUCUCAACACAUUAUCGAGCCGCGCGAGUUGCGCUCCGCAGGCUGGGAGUGAGAGGUCUCUGGGAUCGGGGUCUGUCCACCGCAGACAUGACGAAGGGCCUUGUUUUAGGAAUUUAUUCCAAAGACAAAGAUGAUGACGUACCACAGUUUACAAGUGCAGGAGAGAAUUUUAAUAAGUUGGUGUCUGGAAGGCUGAGGGAAAUGUUGAACAUAUCAGGACCUCCUCUCAAGGCAGGCAAAACCCGAAUCUUCUAUGGUCUGCAUCAGGACUUCCCCAGCGUGGUGGUGGUCGGCCUUGGCAAGAGAUCGGCUGGUGUCGAUGACCAGGAAAACUGGCACGAAGGCAAGGAGAACAUCCGAGCUGCUGUCGCAGCGGGAUGCAGGCAGGUCCAAGACCUGGAGCUGCCGUCGGUGGAGGUGGAUGCCUGUGGAGAUGCUCAGGCUGCUGCGGAAGGAGCUGUGCUUGGCCUCUACGAGUAUGAUGACCUAAAGCAGAAGAAGAAGGUGGCUGUGUCGGCCAAGCUCCAUGGAAGUGGUGAUCUCGAGGCCUGGGAGAAAGGGGUCCUCUUUGCUUCUGGGCAGAACUUGGCCCGCCAGCUGAUGGAGUCUCCAGCCAAUGAAAUGACACCAACCAGAUUUGCCGAAAUUAUUGAAAAAAAUCUCAAAAGUGCCAGUAGUAAAACCGAGGUCCAUAUCAGAACCAAAUCCUGGAUAGAGGAACAAGAAAUGGGUUCAUUCCUAAGUGUAGCCAAGGGGUCUGAAGAACCACCAGUCUUCUUGGAAAUCCACUAUACUGGCAGCCCCAGUGCAACUGAAGCACCCCUGGUGUUUGUGGGAAAGGGCAUUACCUUUGACAGUGGAGGUAUCUCCAUCAAGGCUUCUGCAAAUAUGGACCUCAUGAGGGCUGACAUGGGAGGAGCAGCAACAAUAUGCUCGGCCAUUGUGUCUGCAGCAAAGCUCAAUCUGCCCAUUAAUAUCAUAGGUUUGGCCCCUCUUUGUGAAAACAUGCCUAGCGGCAAGGCCAACAAACCAGGGGAUGUUGUCAGAGCCAGGAAUGGGAAGACUAUCCAGGUCGACAACACUGAUGCCGAGGGCAGGCUCAUCCUGGCCGACGCACUCUGCUAUGCACACACCUUCAAUCCCAAGGUCAUCAUCAAUGCUGCCACUUUAACAGGUGCCAUGGACGUAGCCCUGGGAUCAGGUGCCACUGGAGUCUUUACCAAUUCAUCCUGGCUGUGGAACAAACUAUUUGAGGCCAGUGUAGAAACUGGGGACCGAGUCUGGAGGAUGCCCCUCUUUGAGCAUUAUACAAGACAAGUCAUAGAUUGCCAGCUUGCUGAUGUGAACAAUCUUGGAAAAUACAGAUCUGCAGGUGCAUGUACAGCUGCGGCAUUCCUGCGAGAGUUUGUGACUCAUACAAAGUGGGCACAUUUAGACAUAGCCGGUGUGAUGACCAACAAAGACGAGAUUACCUAUCUGCGGAAGGGAAUGAGUGGGAGACCCACAAGGACUCUGAUUGAGUUCUUACUUCGCUUCAGCAAAGACAGUUCUUAGUUCAAACACUCAGAAAUUCUUCCUUCUGUCUUGAAUUGGAUAGUUAGCCUUCAAAAAUUUUGAAUGAAUGAAAAUCUUUUAAAGACAAAAACGAAUGUUGUUCUUUUUUUAAUCUUAAUUUUUGGAAUAUUUUAGUAUGCUUGAAUCAUGGAAAUCUAAAUGAUAUAUGAAUUAAUAUAGGUCCUUUAUUAAAAAUCUUGUAAUAGUA